CAUUCGAACUGGUUGUUGUUUAACACGCUUUGUAAUAGGCUUAGCCGACGAAACUCAACUUAAAUGCUAAACGCAGUUCAAUCCACUCGAUUCAAACAUUGUUUUUUUUUCUUUUGGAUUCAGAACCGAUAAUCCAAAUAUACAAUUCAAUUUUUUAUUUUGCUUAAAUUUACGAAUUUGAGGAAAAUCAUUAAUAAAAGUGUUUAACCAGUGUGCUAUUGGGCAGUUUGAAAUCGGUUGUACGAGAUCGUUUGUGUGGUAAAACGGGCGUGUAGUCCAUGUGUACUCUUUAAUUAGAGAGCAUCUCAAUUCAUUGAACAGUCAACAGCGAACGUUGAUCGAUGUACCCAAAAGUGCUGUGCUAAUAAAAAAAAAUUCGUUACAAAAAAAAAACAUCACCAAAAAAUCUCAAAACAAAAUCCAUUCCGUCCAAAUCGAAUCUCAUCAUCAAAAUUGAAAAAUUAUGACUAAGGAAAAGUACUUUGACGAUAGUCAAGAGAAAAAAUCGGUCAAUUCCGCAUUCUUUGAUGGACCUCGGAAAGAAUCAUUCAAAUUAACACGGUUCAUUUACAAUAAACGCGAAGGAACGGUUUUGGGGCGCAACACAGAGUCAUGGGUAAAAAUCGGCAUAUUUUACUCGAUAUUCUACGCCGCGUUGGCCGCAUUGGUAGCGAUGUGUAUGUGGGUAUUUUUCCAAACGCUCGAUCCACGUAUACCAAAGUGGAAGCUGAAAGAAUCGCUGAUCGGCACAAAUCCAGGUCUUGGGUUUCGUCCAAUGCCACCACACGAGAACAUCGAAAGUACGUUAAUUUGGUAUAAAGGUACCAACUAUGAAAACUACCGCCAAUGGACCGAUGCACUUGAUAAAUUUCUCGCAAUUUACAAAACACCUGGUGUAACGACUGGACGUGGUCAGAAUAUUUUCAACUGCAAAUACAAUUCACCCCCACCAUCCGGCAAGGUUUGUGACGUCGAUAUUCGGGAAUUUAGAAAGUGUACACAAGAAAAUAACUACAGCUACCAUAAGAGUUCACCAUGUGUUUUCAUCAAAUUGAAUCGUAUUUACGGCUGGGUACCAGAAUUUUAUAAUCGUACCACUGAUUUGCCUGCAAAUAUGCCACGUCAGCUGAUUCAAAAAAUCAAUGUAACUGAUGCAACAGAGUUAAACACCGUUUGGAUAUCGUGUGAAGGAGAGAAUGCCGCUGAUGUGGAAAAUAUCGGCCCAAUUGAAUACUAUCCACGUCAAGGUUUUCCGGGCUAUUAUUUCCCAUAUGAAAACUCUGAAGGAUAUCUUAGUCCUUUGGUUGCCAUUCAUUUCACGAAACCAACGCGUGGAAUCAUCAUUAAUGUCGAAUGCAAAGCAUGGGCAUAUAAUAUUAAACAUGAUCGAAAAGAGCGAACGGGUUCGGUACAUUUUGAAUUGAUGAUCGAUUAAACGCUAGUCGAUUUAUACAUCGUUUUUACAAACAGCAUAUAAUACACAACACAUUCAUACCGAAUGGUGCCGUUGUCAUACAGUGAAAAUAACAACAAUGCUACGAGAAUUAUUUUUCGAACAAUCAACUCAAGCAAUUUCACCUAAAACGAAUGAUAAUAACGAGAAAAACCUUACACACUUUUUUUUUGAUUGUUCAGUCCAUUUUUAUUUUGUUUUCUUUUUUUUUGUAGUACCAUGUGAAAAAGAUAAAAAAAUUGUUGUUCGAUUGUACAAAAGAUUUUUAAAUCUAAAAGAAAAAAAUGAGAAGAAAAAAUACAUAUUUUCAAUUGCAAAUAAUGGAAAAAAAAUGUAACAUGAGAGUGAAAACAUAUGAAUAUUUAAUGAUAAGGAACGAUUAUCAAAAGCCAUUCCAUUUCUAUUGAUUGUACUAAUAAAAUGAGGCAAGAGAAGAAAAACACACAUCAUUUUAACCGAAAAUCGAAUGAAAGAUAUUUCUUUAGUUUGUAGAAUAUUAUGAAAGUCUCGUACAUUAUGUAUAAUUUAUGAACAUUGUAAGGCAAUAAAUUCGAAAUAGAAACAAGCCAAAAA